GCGGGGAAGGGCCGCGGCCGCUGGGUACAUCAUCCUCGAACAUCGAUUGGUUGUGCAGCUAUUGAUAAAUAUUGAUAAACUAAUGAAGAACUGGUUGUUAUCACCUCUGCAGUACUUUGGGUAAACAUCAGAUGGUGCACUUCUUGUACAAAGGAACUGGAGAAAUGGCCACUACACAAUCUGUCUUCACAUUUGCUCUCUGCAUUUUAAUGAUAACAGAAUUAAUACUGGCUACAGAGAGCUAUUAUGAUAUCUUAGGAGUUCCAAAAAAUGCAUCUGACCGCCAGAUCAAGAAGGCAUUUCACAAGCUGGCUAUGAAAUACCACCCAGACAAAAAUAAGAGUCCUGGAGCAGAAGCAAAAUUUAGAGAAAUUGCUGAAGCAUAUGAAACAUUGUCAGAUGAGAAUAAACGAAGAGAAUAUGAUCAGCUUGGCCGUCAUGGAGGAAGAGGAAGUAAUGGAAGCCCGUUCCAUCAGUCUUUUAAUUUCAACUUUGACGAUCUCUUCAAAGACUUUGACCUAUUUAGUCAAAACUCGCGGUCAAAAAAGCACUUUGAAAAUCACUUCCGAAAUCAUCGGGAGGCUCAUAACCGGCAAAGACGUUCUUUCCAAGAGUUUUCUUUUGGAGGUGGGCUGUUUGAUGAUGUGUUUGAAAAUAUGGAAAAGAUGUUUUCAUUCAGUGACUUUGAAAAUGCACACAGACACGCGGUGCGAACUGAUGCCAGGUUUCAUGGAUCCAGCAAGCACUGCAGGACUGUCACUCAGAGACGAGGAAACAUGGUUACCACAUACACCGACUGUUCUGGACAAUAAUGUUUCCUUUCUUCUAAACUUUUCUUCUUUACUCAACAUCUUCAUAAUCUUUCUUGGUUUUGUGCUAACAUGGAAGAAAUUCUCUGAACUGUAUUUUCUAAAAAACACUUAAACUACUAUGAAGAGGUUGUAAAUGAAACUAAUCUUCAGAAUAGACAACAUGCUGUUGGGAAAUAAAUGUGUCAACAACUACUUAGAAUGGUAGAGAAAUAUUCUCAUGUGACAGAAGAAAUUAUAUUUCAGUUUAGUGAACACUUUCCCUAAAUUUGAGUGCAAGAUAUAUAUUUUUCAUUUCAGAAGUGUAAUAUAAUUUUUUUUCUUAGAAGCCAGUUCAGGACUGAUUGAAUUACUGGUGUGUAGGUUGAAGCAGAGGUGAUACUUUAAUUUUUGACAUGCUGCUUUUUUUUCAAUCGUUUUUUUUCCAAGUUUGCACUUGCAGUUUUUACCUGAUACAGAUUUACUGUGCAAAUUACGUAAUUUACACAAAAUAGCAGCAGAAAUUACUUCCCUGGGUCUUUGUUUCUCUAGCAUUGCAAAAUAUCAUAGCAAAACUCUUACUUUUUGAAGUUGGAAAUAGCAAUGGAAUAUGUGAAGACUGUGAGUGAUGUAGGAAUUAGUUUUUUUUCUGUGUUGGCCUGAAACGAUAUUAGGAUUUGAAUAACCCUUGACUUAUUGAGGGGACAUAGGGAUAUUCAUGUAUGUACGUUUGUGUGCACACAAAGUUUUUGUUUUGUUUUUUUCCCCCUCCUUCCACAAUACAAAUAUCUCUCUAACAGGAUUUGGAAGGGCACACCCAAAACACUCUUAUUUUAGGCUUACUAUAUCACCACGUGUGCAAUGUACUUUUUAUGACUCACUUUAUUGAACUAAAAUAUCCCUCUGAGAUCUUAGGAACUUCAGUAAGAUAAGCUUUCCUGCAGAUUUGUAGUGCUCCUGAAAGGGUCUUAGUAAAAACUACAGUGUUUAGAUUGGCAGAUUUAUUACCUGUCAACAGGAAUUUUUCAGUGUUGUGAUUUGAAUGGUAAAUUCUUAGCCGAACCACAGAGUAAAACUGAAAAUUACAAUUCUUGUAUUCAUUCAAUGCUUUGUGGUGCUGAAAACUGCUAAUAAGGACAAUACUAAUGGGUAUUGAUUUUACCACCAUGGAAACCCACAACCAGUGCAAACUACUUAAAACUAAAAAGGGGAAAAAAACCACCAGAAAAUGCUGCACAACCAAACCCCCAAAUACUUUAGCUGAUGUCAGUCAAAAAGUUCUGUUGUAACUUAGUUUAACUAGUAACUUUUGCUUAACUAGUCAUACAGGUUCAGUAUGUUAAAUUGGCUGUCCCUUUAGAACUUCAAGGUAAGAAUUUACCUUUCAGGUUGAUUGCAUGAGCAAAAUAAGCAUUUUAACUAGCAGUGUUCUAAAUAGGCUUUGAGUUCUUAAAAUCUUUAUUAAGAGAUUUAACCCUUUGCUUCUCAGAUGGAUAUUGAAAGCUGCCUAUUCGUUAAGGAACUUUAGCCUUCCACUCAAGUGUACAUAUUAUUGCUUGUUCAGUUUUCAUUGCCUAAUCCUUGGAAUGGAUUGUUGCGCUAUAUAAAGUGCUUUUCCUUUUCCAUGUUCUUCUUUAUUUAUUAAUAGACUAAUACCUCAUAUAUGGUCUUUAUUAAAAGCCAGUAAUUUGUGCAACAUUAUCGGAAUGUGCAAUAUUCUUACAGUAAGAAAAGUACUGGAUUGAGUGUGUUUGUUUUUUUUUCACCCUUUUCUUUGUAAGUAGAGAUUUUUGUUUCUUCUGUAUAAUUAAUAUAUGAUUCAAGCAAAAAUUGUACUUUGUGUAGAUUUCUGCAUUUAUUUUCUUCAACAUUUCUUUAACACAGGACUCCAUUAGUGCUGUGCAUGAAUCAAGCUGUCUGCCCAAUUCAUAUCAUAUGGGCAUCCAAGUGAACAAAUUAUUAACUUGAAGUUAUUGCUUACUUUCACAAUGAUUAAGUAUUAAACAUGAGAGUGCUUGUGAAUGUCCUUUGAUGGGAGGCAACUCUUGAAGUGGGAUUUUUAUUAAUUAAAAAAAAAUUGGAAAUAUGAGAAUGAGCAAUUCACUUAGGUCCCUUCCUGAGCUCUAAAUUAGAGGGAAUGAAAACUAAAAUUAACACUAUCAAUUGUAGGAAACACAUUUCACCCUGAAAAUUCAAGUCAUUUAAGUGACUGUAUAAGUCCACAAUCUUUUGAGCUAAACUAUUAGGUGAAAAUAAAGGUCCUGGCUGCUUCUAGACUAGUUUCCCCUCUUUAAGAAUGCUCCAAACUUAGUAUAUAAGUGUGCUUGUUUUCCUGAUCUCUUGUAAAGUGCAAGAAAACCAAUAGUGUUGCUAUUUUUAUAUCUGAUCCACCUUAAAAAAGCUUCUCUCUAGUCUAUUUUAACUUGAUUUCAUGUUAUUUCUCCUAAUUACUUAUUCAUGGGAAAAACAGCAAAUGCUUUCCAUUAUUUCUAUGGCUUCUGCAAGACACCUUUCUGGUUGUUUUUGUUGUCGAUCCAAGGUCAAAUCCACAGAGACCAAUGUAUGACUGUCCCUGUGGUUUUCUAUGAUGGGUUUGCUUUGAAUAGGCUUUAGCUGGGGAAACUUGGACAGGCUUUCCUCAGCCAAGAGUCUUCACUUUCAUGGCCCUCAGAACACAAGCUUGCAAAACAUGUUGUGCUGCUCACUUAAUCGGAGCUCUUGCACAUUCUUUCCCUAUUUAUAGUGUUUGCUUCAUGGCAGGCUCGAGCGGAAGUCCUGUUAUAACCUUAUGACACCCCUGACUUCAGAGUUUCUUAAGUGCCAUCUUUGAUCUCUCUUUAAAUCUUAUGAAAAUACCCAACAAAAUCAGCUUUUGUUAGACAAGAGUGAAAAAUAAAAUCCUGAACAAUUUUUUGAAAGUAAUUUAUGCAUAUGUAACUCCAAAUGAUUUAGUUUUUAAAACUGCCAUCAAAGUGUUUUUUUAUGUUUAUUUUCUUCCCAUUAUACUUUGGAAACACAGUAUGUAGUGGAGAUGAAAGUACUGUAAAGUUAGAGUGCCAUUACAUUAAACACAUGAAAAUUAA